CGCGAACUGUUCUAAGAUCAAUGUCAAUGGCGGACGAUCGUGUCGAGAAAGCGAUGGUCAACGACGAUGAGCUGGAGAAGAAGAAGCUGGAGAAUCGAGAAUUAAAGGAGAAAGUUUCGAAAUUGACAGGAGAAAUCGAGGAGAUGAGAGCCACAGAAGCGGAGAUGAAACAGAGUUUCGAAGAGAUGGAGACAGAGAUCAAGCAGUUAGAACAAGAGAAGAAAGGAUUAGAAUCUGUAUCCUCUCGAGCCGUGGAGCUAGAGAGCGAAUUAGCGAAGGUCCACGAAGAUCUCGUCAACGCAUUGAGAGAGGGAGACGAGAGGGAGUUAGAGGUUGCGGAGAUGAAGAGGGAGUUGACGGAGGAGAGCGAGAGGUUUGAGAGGUGUGAGAAGGAAGUUGAGAGUUUGAGGAAAGAGAGAGGUGAGGUUGAGAAGAAAGGUAGAGACUUGGAGAGGAAAGUUGGGGUUUUGGAAGUGAGGUUGAUGGAGGAGAGGAGUAAGAAAGUUAGAGUAGAGGAGGAGAUGAGGGAGAAGGGUGAUGAGAAAGAGGAGGAGGUUAAGGAGUUGAAGAGGAAAGUGUCUGACUUUGAGAUGGGUUUGGUGAAGGGUAUGUUGGAAGUGGAGAGAUUUGAGUUUGAGAAGAAGCGAAUUGAGGAAGAUUUGAGUGAGUUAAAGGGAAGGGAAAGAGAGUUGGAGUUGAAGAAGGAGGAGUUGUUGAAGAAGGUUGAUGAAGGUAAGAGAACGUUGCUUGUGUUGAACGAGAGAAUUAAGGAGCCUACGGUUGGAGUCAGGGAUGUAAAGGAUGGUGACCAAGAAUGUAAAUUGGAUUGGUCAGUGGUUGCUGCUGGUUCGGUUGGAGCUUUGGGUUUGGUAGCAGCGACAGUGUUUGUAUGCUACUCUAAACGAACGUGAUUCAGUAUUAUUGAGGAGCUGAAGACCAUAACUUUUUUGCAGUUCCGCAGUCAUAUAGGUGCCUAUAACUUUUUGGUGUCGAUUUUUUGUUGUUUUUGGUUGUUGGAUAUGUUUUGUUUGUUUAAGAUGAUUGAUGAAUCUUUGGCUUUUUUGGCUAUGAAUGCAUUUGAUAUCGGUUUGUCAUCACAACUAGCUGUUGUUUUGAAAUAGUUU